CUUUUAUCUUCUCUUAGGUCACCGCCAAGCCUGAGCAAUGAGACCAUCACCUACACACCGGAACCGGACGAUGGAGGCACAACAGCCGUAUUGGACGCGGAGGACUCACCAUUAGGGUGUGCGUGAGGACGUGGAGAGAGGUGAAAGCUACUCGUACGUGCACCUUCCUCCACCGGCCGGUCGCCAUCGGACACGCCGACGCGCAGGCGGCGAGGCUGCGACCUCGGCCAGCCGAAGACGAACCGGGACCAGUAGACUGUCGAGCCCGCCCACACAGUCUCAGAUUUUUGUCAUCUUCACCUCUGCCCCAAGCCCGCCCUGUCACAUGUGGACGACGUCAACAGGAGCUCAGCGCCUACUUCAAAGUCAUCUGCCACAUGGACUGCAGGUGUGAGGGAUGACUGCUGCCGUGCUGUUUUUCCACUGAGAGCCUGCCGUGUACCAGCGCCGCCAUGCUGAUCAAGGAGUACCGCAUCCCCAUGCCCAUGAGCGUGGAGGAGUACCGCAUCGCCCAGCUCUACAUGAUACAGAAAAAGAGCCGCGAGGAGAGCUGCGGCGAGGGCAGCGGUGUGGAGAUCCUGGAGAACAAACCCUACGAGGACGGGCCCGGAGGCUCGGGUCAGUACACGCGCAAGGUCUACCACAUCGGCAAGCACAUCCCGUCCUGGUUCUGCUCCAUACUGCCUCAGGCUGCCCUGCGUGUGGAGGAGGAGUCGUGGAACGCGUACCCGUACACACGGACCAGGUACACGUGUCCAUUCGUGGAGAAGUUCUCCAUCGACAUUGAGACGUAUUACAUGCCGGACACUGGGAACCAGGUGGACGUCUUCAAUCUGUCCUCUGCAGAAAAGAGACAGAGGACAGUCGACCCCAUCGACAUCGUCAGGGACUACAUCCCACCCCACGAAUACCUGGUGGAGGAGGACCCCCGCUUGUACCAGUCAGUCAAGACCAAACGAGGUCCACUGUGUGAGGACUGGAUCGAGGAGAUCAGUCGGAGUCCUGGACGCAGUUCAGUCAUGUGCGCCUACAAGCUGUGCAAAGUGGAGUUCAGAUACUGGGGCAUGCAGUCCAAGAUAGAGCGCUUCAUCCACGACGUGGGCCUGCGUAAAGUAAUGGUUCGAGCCCAUCGGCAGGCGUGGUGCUGGCAGGACGAAUGGUACGGCCUCACCAUGGAGGACAUCCGACAGCUGGAGCUGGAGACGCAGCUGGCGCUGGCCAAGAAGAUGGCCCAGUACAGCCUCAGCGACGAGCCUGGCGCCGACGCCGAUGGAUGCUCCGCCGGCCGGGACCAAGAGCGACGAAGCGACAUGGGCGGAUCCACCGUUGAGGCAGAGGGAGGCGGGGCUGAGCCUGGGGGCCCGGCGGACAAUCGAGGAGAGCUCACCAAGCAGUGGUCCACGUCUUCCCGCUCCUCCAACAGGUCAUCCAAGCGAGGAGGAAGUCCAUCUCAUCAGAGCAUCUCUGAGUGGAGGAUGCAGAGCAUAGCCCGCGACUCCGACGACAGCACGGACGACGAGUUCUUCGACGCACAUGACGGUUUUUCCGACAGCGAGGAGCUGUUGCCCAAGGAGAUCACCAAGUGGAGCUCCAACGACCUCAUGGACAAAAUAGAGACGAUAGAAGUGGACGAAGCGCAAGACACAAUAUUUCCUCCUUCGGCUGGGGACUUUGCCACCAUGACCAACGAGGAGACGCACACAGAGGCCUCCCAGCAGCAUCUGCAGCCCUCCAAAAUCCACGUCCUGUUUCUGGUCCUGCAUGGAGGGAACAUUCUGGACACCGGCUCAGGUGAACAGACCAGCAAGCAAGGUGACAUCAACACCCUGAGCGCCGCCUUUGAGACCGUGAUGAGGGUCCACUACCCGGCAGCGUUGAGCCGCAUCGCCAUCAGGACGGUGCCCUGUCCUGCUGUGUGUGUGGAGGCCUUCUCGCUGGUGUCCAACCUCAGUCCUUACAGCUACGACGAGAGCUGCCUGUCCAGCAGUCAGGACCACAUCCCGCUGGCCGCCCUGCCGCUCCUAGCCACCUCGGCGCCGCAGUACCAGGACGCCGUGGCCGCUGUCAUCCUGAGAGCCAAUCAGGUGUAUGCAGACUUCAUCAAGUCCCUGGAGGGCGCCUCCUUUAAUGGACAGGUGUGCGUGAUCGGGGACUGUGUCGGCGGCAUCCUGGGCUUUGACGCUCUGUGCAGUAGUUCCAUCCUGGUGUCGGAAAGUCCAAGCAGCAGCAGGCGGGGCAGCGCCAUCAGCGUGCAGGACACGGAGCUGCUUUCUCCAGGCAUGGUCAUAAACAGCAUCUCACCGUCUUCGCCAUCCCUGGAAGGAAGCCGCCACCUCAGCCGAAGCAACAUCGACAUCCCACGUUGUUCGGGGCCCGACGACCCCAAGAAGCAGCUUCCACGCAAGCGCAGCGACUCGUCCACGUACGAGCUGGACACCAUCAAGCAUCACCAGGCCUUCCUGUCCAGUCUGCACUCCAGCGUGAUCCACGGGGAGACGGGAUCGCGGCGCUCCAGCAACAGCACCAUGCUGGAAGGCGGCUCCUUGGGGAAGUUUGACUUUGAGGUGACAGACUUUUUCCUGUUUGGGUCUCCUCUGGGACUGGUGCUGGCGCUGAGGAAGACUGUGGUGCCCUCCUUAGACGUGACGGCGCUACGUCCAGCCUGCCAGCAGGUCUACAACCUGUUUCAUCCGGCUGACCCGUCCGCCUCCCGACUGGAGCCUCUCCUGGACAAACGCUUCUACCUACUGCCUCCUUUCAGCGUUCCGCGAUAUCAGCGCUUUCCACUGGGGGACGGACACUCCGCUCUCCUAGCGGAGACGGUACAUAGUAACCCUCAGCUCCUGAUGGAGCAACCGAGCGUGGUGGCACCCCAUCGCAGCCAGGAAAUCGGCAUGAAUGAGACGUCCAUCCCCGUGCCUGUUCUCAACUGGCCGUCCUCGCAGCCCCACGUGGAGACCGAUACUCCUGCUCAUAUUUCUGUGGACUUCUCCUGCCCGCCCUCCACGUCGCCGGGGGUCCCUCACAUCCGGUGCCACCGCAGAGCCAGCGAGGCCAGCCUGGCUAGCCAGGUGUCAGGCCUGGCCGACUCCUACACCGCCUCCAACGUCGCCAACACACACGAGCGAGUGCUCCGGCCUAAAAGGCCCAGCCUGCUGUCCCACCUGCCGCUACCCUACCAUAAACUUGCCCCACGGACUCCGUCCUUCCGGUCGGCCAAAAACAGCCGUCAGGUGUUCCCGAGAGCCAACGGAGGCGGCGAGUCUGAACCCAGCUCGGACGCCGGCUCUGAUGUCACCUCCGACCUCACUGAUAUCACCUCUGUGCCCCCGUCCCCUGGGGUGCGGAAGAACAUAGAGAAAGUCGCGUCACGCUGGUGGGGCAGCAAGAGGAUGGACUACGCCCUGUACUGCCCCGACGCCCUGACCGCCUUCCCCACCGUGGCGCUGCCGCACCUCUUCCAUGCCUCCUACUGGGAGUCCACAGACGUGGUGUCCUUCCUGCUCAGACAGGUGAUGAGGCAUGAGAACUCUGGGAUUCUGGAGCUGAACGGGAAAGAAGUGUCGGAGUUCACGCCGUCCAAACCCAGAGAGAAGUGGCUCCGUAAGCGGACUCAUGUUAAAAUCAGGAACGUGACAGCCAACCACCGCGUAAACGACGGCGUCUUCACCGAGGACGGCGGCCAGACGGUAACAGGUCGUUUCAUGUACGGCCCGCUGGACAUGGUCACGCUGACGGGAGAGAAGAUCGACAUCCACAUCAUGACGCAGCCUCCCUCGGGGGAGUGGGUCUACUUCGACACGCAGAUCACCAACAGCAGCGGACGCGUCUCCUACGCCAUCCCAGACGAACGAAAACUGGGGGUGGGAGUGUAUCCUGUCAAAAUGGUGGUCAGGGGAGACCACACCUUUGCAGACAGCUAUCUUACCAUCGUGCCACGGGGAACCGAAUUUGUGGUCUUCAGCAUCGACGGGUCUUUUGCGGCCAGCGUGUCCAUCAUGGGCAGCGACCCGAAGGUUCGAGCAGGAGCCGUUGAUGUGGUCAGGUACUGGCAGGACUUGGGGUAUCUGAUCGUGUAUGUGACGGGUCGCCCAGACAUGCAGAAGCAGCGUGUGGUGGCUUGGCUCUCUCAGCACAACUUCCCCCACGGCGUGGUCUCCUUCUGUGACGGGCUGGUCCACGACCCGCUCAGACACAAGGCCAACUUCCUCAAAUCCCUCAUCAAUGAGGCCCAGAUGAGGAUCUUUGCCAGCUACGGCUCCAGCAAGGAUAUCUCUGUGUACACCAGCGUGGGCCUGCCCCCGUCCCACAUCUACAUAGUGGGAAGACCCACUAAGAAAAUGCAGCAUCAGUGUCAGUUUAUUCCGGAUGGUUAUGCAUCCCACCUGUCCCAGCUGGAGUACAACCAGCGGUCCCGUCCCGCAAAGUCCGCCAGCGCCCGCAUGGUCCUCCGCAAGAGCAGCUUCGGGCUGGGAGCGGCAGCGGGAGACUUCCUCCGGAAGCGCAACCACAUCUUCCGCACCAUUUCCCCACAGCAGCCUGGGGGCCCGGCGUCCGGUUCUCCCGUCCAACAGGGCCGGACCGAACGAACACAGAGCCAGUGCGAGGUGGACCGCGGGAUGGCGGCAGCGGCGACACAGAGGAGCAUGAGCAUUGCGGCGGGGUGCUGGGGCCGCAGCGGGAGCACCAAGGAGGGCAGCAGAGGAUUACUUGGACCCAAGUGAGCCCGAGCCGCCAUGUGGGGCUGGCCCAGAGGAACAUUUUGGAAACAGGCUUGUAUUUUUUAGGCUCAAAAGGAGUGGACUCAUCACGACAUCAAUUGUGGAGCAUGACUCUUUUACACUAACACUUUUUUUUAAUCGGAUACAGAGCUCUCCAAACAUAAAAAAAGGUUCAGACUAAUUCAUAUAAACCUUAAGCUAAUACCACACCCUCCCCAUAUCUCAUAACACAUAUUUACAUACACAGCCAUUUUGUAUCAAAGCUGUCCAAGCAGUCUAAUUAACAGCUCAGGACAAACUGCAGCCAGGUUCAUUUCACUAACAUUCACACAGGAAGUAAGUCAUCAACCAGUCCAACCAUUUAAUGAGUCCGGAAAUCGGUCGCCGUGUUUCGUCCCACCCUUUAAUGUGUCCGAUUGAAACAAGCGUUAGCUAGCAUCAAAAGGAAAUGGUUUACACAUAAAUACGCACACUGCGCAGCAGUCAUUUAAAUUCAAAACUGCUGAAUGUUACGUGAUAUGAUAUGUUGAUACACCACAGCGGUAUUAUGUGUUGUGAUGGUAUUCGUAUCUCAAUUGCUGAGGCUGUAAAUGUCAGAGCGAGCCUUCCCGCCGACAUUAACAAGCCCGCCAUUAGCUUGGCGAAGUGCUCCGGGCAAAAGGCUCCCCAGUCGCCCUUUAAAAGUUAAAUACUUUGACGAUCUGAUUGUGGACAAUAAGACCGACAUUAGCGACGUACAGAAAAGUCACGGCGAGGCUGUGGACAGUGGAACUGCCAGUGGCAACGGUGGACGAGACGCCAUCACUACUGCUCUUGUUAACAGGUAAACAUUUAAUCUUUUGUAUUGUCAUGACUUUGAGAAACCGAGCUUUAAGUUUUACUUUGACGGUUUACGGGAAGUGUUUUUCACACAAAAACAUUUAUUUGGUAAUUAUGAGUCACCGAACUGUAGUGUUUCAACACUCAUCGGUGGCGCUGUCAGUCAUAAGGAUUAUUGGUUCUUAUUGGUUGUAUGAUUUAUUGGGAUAGCCAAUGGGGGUCGUUAAUAUUCUUGCCUCCAAUUGGCGGUACGAUUAUUGGCAUCCCCCAAGUGGGGGAUCCUCUGAUAAGAAUUUAUUCAGUUGUAUCCCUUAUUUGGCUUUACCUUUUUUUACUUCCUAUGUGAAGGUUUUUAAAACUCAUACAUUUCUGCGCCAUCCCAUACGUAACGACUCCAUUACCCUUUGGAGUGUAAUGUCUUAAAGUGCAAUUAUAAAGCACUUGUUGCUUCUAUCGUAUAAAAUGUUGCCACCAAUGUAUGUAUUUAUUUGGACAUGUACAGGCACAUGUAUUUAUUUAUCCCGUUUUGUUCCACUUCACCUGGCGUUUGCUCCUCUUCUUCUUAAACCUCCGUCCAUUUCUCCCCCCAGCAGUCCACAGCAGCAAUCCCUUUAGCUUGCAAUACCUCUGACCUACCUGUCGGUGGCGUUGUGCUCCCCCAUAUAUGUGCUGAUUCUGCUGCUACAUUGAAUGUUAAAAGUAUCCCCUCCCAACGUCUGCUUGCAAACCACGGCAGUAAUCACACCAAUUGUAAAGCUGCACGAAACAAGCUAGCAGGUUGUAGUUUGCGCUCCUCGCCAAUAGGGGGCAGCAUCGUGCGACUAAAGAUGUGUUUAAAUAUGACAUUUGAAAUAUUGGAGGCUGCACGGCGUGUGAGUGGUUAGUGAGCAGACCUCACAGCUAGGAGACCCGAGUUCAAUCCCACCCUAUGUGUGGAGUUUGCAUGUUGUCCCCGUGCGUGCGUGGGUUUUAUCCGGGGAUUCCGGUUUCCUCCCACAUUCCAAAAACAUGCUAGGUUAAUUGGCGACUCCAAAUUGUCCAUAGGUGUGAAUGUGAGUGUGAAUGGUUGUUUGCCUAUAUGUGCCCUGUGAUUGGCUGGCCACCAGUCCAGGGUGUACCCCGCCUCUUGCCCGAAGACAGCUGGGAUAGGCUCCAGCACCCCCCGCGACCCUGGUGAGGAUAAGCGGUAGAAAAUGAAUGAAUGAAGGAAUUAAUUAGAGAUGUUGCUCCUGAGGAGAAAUGUGGUACUACGGCGCUGGCUUGUUCAUGACGUACAAAAUGUACUUUUUUUUUUUACGCCUUAAAAAGGAAUGCAUUCCCUGCUAACUCCGUCGCUAAGGCCAAAUGAUUCUUCUGUCAAACUGUAGUUAAACCAACCGCCUAACCUCACUUUAAAAAAAGGAUUAAUCGUUACAUGUCGCUGGUGUAGGCACCUCUUGUAGUGCAUGUCUUGUUUAUAUUUAAUUUAGGGGCAGCAGGAGGAAAGUAAUGUAUGUAAAUGUGCCAAAUAGUGGAUAUUUGUUUGAUUAGAGUUGAAUGCGGACAGGAGGAUGGAAUGAGUGUACAUAUGUGUAAAGAUGUAUAAUGUAGGUGCAGAGUUAUUUGUUUACCUCUAACUAUACCACUAUACAUUUCAGGUAAUAUAUAUAUAAAUAUAUAUAUAUACUGUAUAUAUUUGAAAUAUGUAGCAUAUCCCUUCCGUCUGUCCGUUGGAGCAACACUGGGGGUAGCAAUCGCACAUCCUUACAUUUUCUACAGAAUUUCAAACAACUUUUGCAGCAUAACUCUGGUGCACAACAUAGGAGAGGACCGGAGCGUAAAGCAAGUUGCAAAAUGACGUAACCUUUAAUGAGAAAUGAAAUAUGUAUCGCACCAAGUGAUGGAUCAUAUUUGAGGCUGUGUGCAGCAAAAAGACAACACUCUAAAUAUUCAGACUGUUUUUACCUUCAUAUGGGAUUACAAUAAUUACAAUCAAAAGGAAAUACAUGAUAAGAAAAUCAAUAAAAACACGUCCAACCACAGGAAGUAGUCUUUUUAUUUAUUGUUUUAUAGCAAAUGACAUUUAUGUUCGACUGUUGUGUGAAAAUGUUUGAUUACAGCGUCCCCAGUGGCCGGUUGGUGCAAGGCGAGCACUUCAGCUCAUUAUUGAGGGACAGGAUUUUUCCUUUUAUGAUGACAUAACUUCAUGUCCAUCUCCCUGCACAUUUUUUUAAAAAUCAAAUUAGGCCAGUCAUGUGUAUAAAAGUUUUGUUUUUGUUUUUUUUUACAAAAAAGACACCAUCCAUAUAUAUACGCCGCUUUUCCACUGCUUGGUACCUCACGGUCACAACUCUACUCGUUAUUGACCAGGAGCUACUUCUAUUUCAUAUAGGAGGACGUAAACAACUGCAGGUCCAGCAGCAUUUUGAGGAUACCAGGCUAAAAUUAACCUUCAGUGUUCACGUAAAAUGAUUAAACUCCAAAGUCUCCGCUUUGCUGACAUCAUUUCCCUCUCCUGCCCACAAUCUCCUCCGUGUUUAGUGUCACGCUUUUGACUGACACGUUCAAUGUGGGUUGCUGUUGUUAUUCACCUGCUCCCACCCCGACCCAAAACAUCAGCCAUCCAAGUAUUUUUAUUCUGGCAAAUGACAUUUUAGUAAAAUUGAAUGAAUGUGUUUGAUUAUAGCGACCCCCACACGCCACUUGAUGCGAUACGAGCUCUGAGCUCAUCAAGACAGGACCAAAAGUGACCAAAAAGUGACCAAAAUUUCAUGUCCUGCCCUGCACACUUCUUAGAAAAUCAGCACAAAGUGACGAGAAAAAUCAUACAUACUCAAGUACAUAAAUAUGCAAGCUGAUACCAUGCAGGGGACGUAAACGACUGGCGGUCCAGCACAUUCUGAGCAUACAUAGCUAAAAAAGGACAAAAAAUUAGGAAUGCUCCGAUCACUGUUUCAAACUGCUGAUUACGAUAUCAAUAUAUUUAUGAUAAGUGAUAGUGGAGACGAUUCCCAGUGUCACUGGUAAUACCAAUACAUUGAUCAAUCACUGAUUUGAUAUGAGCUGGAGAUGGACAAUGAAAGAAUAUGUUGAUGAAAAGAGAAUAAAUGGAGUGUUUCCUCACUAUCACAGCUGGCAGCUUUUAUUUCUGACUGCCAACAUUUCAAUGCUUCACUACUUGAUUUACCACCAAACACACGCUUUAUACUCGUCACGUCUAUAAUUCAACACUUGCACUGAAGCAUGAUUGAGCCUUUGGUGAGCCGCGUGAUAGCGUCACCAUCGGAAGGCUUCAUGUUCAUCCAACACAACAGUGACAUCAUUAGCAUCGCGACUACAAGAUAGCCAACU